GCACGUCCAACGCUGGAUGUGAGGCCACAGUGAGCUGUCUCUUCCCACAGAUCGAAGAUGGCGGUGUCGGUGUUUCCCGGCGUGCGGCUCCUCUCUAUCGGAGACGCAAACGGAGAAAUACAGCGUCACUCCGAGCAGCAGCCUCUACGACUGGAGGUGAAAGCCACACAGGACGCGGCCAUGAUCAACCUCUCCAACGCAGAGGAGACAUGUGUGUUCAAGUGUUCGGUCUCCAGGGACACAGAGGGUACAGUCGCGUGGGGAAACAGUCGCUCAUCAUCACGCUGGGCUGCAACAGCGUCCUGCUACAGUUCACCUCACCUGCAGAGUUCUCAUGUUCCUAUAACCUCCUGA